CGUGACGUCACGUGUGGAAGGUGGAGGAAAGAAGGGGGCGUGCGACGUAAAAAGAAGAAAGGAGUGAUCGCGUCAGACAAGCCGGAAGUGUGCGGGCUGUUGGAGGGUGAACACAAAGGAGGAAGAUGUGAGUGAGGGAGCCGGAUAAAUUGGGCCAGGUGAGGAGGGUGGCUGUCCUAGGGGGAGAGAGGGCUGGCUUACCUGGGCUUUACAUGGCCCCCAUGUCCGAGCAGGGCCCCAGCAGUGUUUAUUAUAGUGUGUGUUAUUGUGUUGUUAUUGUGUAUACAGGUAGGGGCACAGGGUGUGUCUGGGAGCUGCUCUUACUGACCCAGCUUAACAUUAUUAUGGCCCUGUGAGAGGGGAAGGGGCCAUGUGUGAGGACACAGCAGUUUUGUGUAAAGAGUAAUUUGGGGGCAAUCUUAUUUUAAAGUGGGUGAGAGGGCAGGGACAUGCCAUUGGUUUCCAUGCUAUUUAUUCCACUUCUAAAACCUUCCCCUCGAAGUACCCUUUAUAUGCAAACCAUAUUGUGCAGUCCUAGCCCUCUUUUGCCCAUGUUGUGUGGUUUUUUUUUUUUUAAGACCUUUCAACAAUUUGUCCCUGCAACUCUUUGUAUUAUAUCUGCGAUGGCCAGUCAAAUAGCUUAGGGUUUGCAAUUCCUGCAGCAUUCAAUAACCACUGAAUCAGCAAGGUGUCUGCAAAUUACCUGUAAUGAUCUCAUAGUUCCUCUUUCUAGAAUCAUUUGCACUUAAGCAAAAAACAAAAUACAGGGCUCAAAAUUUCCACUCUGUGGGCGACUAAAUAUUUCGUUCAGGCUUUCAAAUUCUCUGCUAUUUAGAAGUUCAAUCACUUUCGUUUCUGUCCAUGUAGCCCUAGCCACGCCUCCCCUGGCUGGGACUCACACACAGCCUGCAUGUGAAAAAAAAUUUCAUGUUUAAUCAGAUGUUAACUUAUGUCUAAAGUUCUUAUCUCCUGCUCUUCAAAUUGAACUUUAAUCACACAGGAGGCUCCUGUGGGGUGUCGAAGGCUAUUAACAGAACAGAUAUGAAGUUCUAAAUAAAACAAAUUUUUAUUUGUAACGAAUUUACAAUAAAGGAGGAUUAAACAUUCAGUCUCUCUUUAGAGGAAGUGUUUAAGAAGGCUGAACACGUCACAUGUAGGGAGGUAUGGCUAGAUCUAUAUAAACAAAGUGAUUAAACUCCUAAAUGGCACAUAAUGUAGCUGUGAGACUGCAGGGGCAAUAUUUGCACACAAAGACUGCUUCAUUAAGCUAAAGUUGUUUUGGUGUCUUGUAUGCUUUUAAGAUUUAUUUACCUCCACAAACUUUAUUGCUCUUUUGUUUAAGCGUCCUCACGCUCUGCAUGAGGACUUCUAGCGUCAGAUUUUUUUUUUUCACAUGGGAAAACUUUGAAUAAAGAUUUCCCAUGGGAAAAUCCUAGUGUGAGCUGGUCACUGGGCGCAUGUGCAUUAGGUCUGCAUGGGAGGAGCCUGACUCAGCGCUGAGUGACAUCGGAACUGGAUUCAGGUAAGUGACUGAAGGGGUUUUAACACAUUCAGCGCUGUGGGAGUGAGGGGCACUGGAGGAUUCUAUAGUGCUAGGAAAACGCCUUUGUUUUCCUGGCACUAUAGAAUCACUUUAAUCAGUUAGUCAUGCUGCUGCAUUAACAAAUUGUGUGUGUAUACAUUCUAUGGCCCUACUUAAAGGUACACUGUAGUCACCCUAACUACAGCUUAUUGUAGUUGUUCUGGUGUCUAUAUCUUGUUGCUUCAGGCUUUUUGCUGAAAAAGAGAAAAGGCAGUGGGUACAGUACAGCCUACGAACACCCCUAGUGACCACUCCUCAUAUGGCCACUAGAGUUAUUUCUGGGUGUAGCACUGACGUUCAGUGUCUCCAUGUUCUGAAAAGCCUAGUGUGUACUUCUAACUUCUUUUUGAUUUGUAAUUUAAAUUACAAGAUGAUAAUUGGAAAUACGGGGGGUGGGGUUGAAAAAGGUACUUAAUGUAAGUUCCUGAAUCAUUGCUUAGUGGGUCUGCUUGCAGCUGCAGACAAACCCUUCUCAUGCCAGGAUGAGAGUCCGAUUAGGAGACAUUUUUGUCUUUUGCUUCUGAUCUUUCCUAUAAUUCUCUGUAUAUUAAGGGUUCAUGGCUUAACUAGUUUAGUACCAAAGAGAUAUUAUCAUCAAAUGGGUUGGUUUGAACUGCUCUGUAAACUAAUAACAGCCAUACUAGGACUGCUGUUUGCUUAUACACAGCAUGUUUUACGGCUUGGUAAAUAAGGCUGUGUUUUAGAGCCAUGCACCAUACAUGCACAGUCAAACUCAGCUUUCCGUCUAGGAAUUACAUACUUCCUAUUUGUACAUGUGGAACGCAUGUGUGCAAACUAGGACAAAAUUGAUAUUGACCUGCAAGUUCCUUUUUAUUUUAUUUUUUUUUUUUUUCCCCUCCCCUCGCCGAUUGACCUUGGUGGGCUGUAUUAAGCAGAAGGGGUUAUUUUUUUUUUAUUUUUUUUUAUAUUGCUGCAACUACAGCCCAGUUUUGGACAUGAAUGAACUCUGUGCUCUAAGCCCCAAGCACAUUUCAUUAAGCAAAGUGUUGAAUCUGGCCUUCAUAACGCUACUCAAAGCAUCAUAACCACUUAGAAAAAUAGAGUUGACUGGUAUGCCUAAUGCAACACACAGGUAUGAGGGAAUCGGACUUAGGUGGAUUGCUCAAAACUGGAUAAACACAGGAGUUCACCAAAGACCUGUCUUGAAAAGUUAUGUAAUGAAAAGAUGAUAUAACAACCUUAGUUGAUAUAGAUAUUCCAGGAGCUGAUCCACCUAAAAUGGCUUUGGAUGUUGUUGUGCCUUCUAUAUAGUUCUAAAUGUAUUUAAGAGCUGUGUAAGUAUACACCAGAAAAUGUGGUGGUGUAGAAAUUCACUCAGAUAAACUCCAAUAUUUUCUAAGAGGGACUGAAAAAAAAAUGCAACAGUAGUGUGUGGUGUAUACGCCUUUAAAUCUGCUAUAGGCAGAAUAAAUGGAAUAAACACCAAAUAUUAUACUUCACAUAUAACAACUAAAGGGAAUUUGAGAAACAGUAUAUAGAACUGUUCUCUCUACUAAUGAGAUAAGAUGAAGAAAAUUAAUCACAUACAUUUCUCCAUGCAAUAUAACCAUAUAAGGUUUCUGUGCCUUUAAGUCUAUUGAAGAAUAGACGGAAUAGAGCAUGCACCAAAAUAGUGUAAUUUUUGGAAAGAUAUAAACCAUAAAAUAGGAGUACAGUAUUGAAGACUGAUCCUAUAUUGCAAUAGAAUAUAAUAUCUCUUUAAAAAUAACCACGUAAAAAAGGCUUCAAAAUGAUAAGUCAAAUUUAUUAAUGAGAAAUACUCAAAGAGUAAUCAAAAAAAAUAAUAAUAAAUGAGUAAACUGAUUAAAAUAUAAGCCAGGAACGAAAAGCAAGAAUAUUACCAGCACAAUUGUAGUCUUUGUUUGUAAUUUGUAUCUGGGACCGGCCAGGAUGGAUGUGGAUACUUUGUGUCACAAAAGUUUUCCUCUGGCUGUCGGCUUGUCAGUGAGGUUAGCGUGUGUCUCAGACCUCACUCUGAGAACUGCACGCUGCAGCCCGAUCGGUCCCCAACUUGUGAGAGCUUUCCUCGAUGCAUCCAAGGUCCUACUGCUGGGUUGAAUUCUGCCACCGUAUCCUGCUUGAAAUCUGACGCGUUUCGUGGGUGUCCGCCCCACUUUUUCAGAGAUAGAAUGGUGUUCCGUGGUUGGGCGAUGAUUUAAAUACAUGUCUAAUUAAUCCUAAUUGGUAUACAUGAUUGUUGCAUAUAGUAAAUACAAUGAUUGAAUAAAACUGAAUAUUUAAGAGGAUAUAUUGCAAAUGGAAAUAAAAAUAAAGACAGAAAAAUUAUAAUAUAAAAUAUAAUAGAUAUUACAAGUCGACUGCGAUUAACUGUACAUCCAAUUAAUUGAUUUAAAAAGACAGUAUAAAAAUAUGAUUAAAAGGCAUAAUCUGAAAAUGUUACAUCAAAGACCUGCAAAUAGAUUGUUGAAAGUCGAGAGAUAUAUAUCUAGAUCUAUAUCUUAUAUUCCAUGUCUAAAAUGACAAGAUCUAAAUAAAAAAAACAAUGAUUGUUGUGUCCCAUAACAUUGCAUGAUUCUUCUAAUGUUAUAAAAUGUGCAAAGGAAUGCAGUUUAUAUACAUAAUAAUUUAUGGAUGUGAUUAAUUCAUAUAGAUAUAUAGUACUGUAAAAUCAAUAUCUUGUUGUUAGGGGUCUCAUUAUUUGGUUGUAUUCCAUACCUGCAAGGAGCAUGUCGAACCUUAUUCUUCAAUAGACUUCAAGGCACAGACACCUUAUAUGGUUAUAUUGCACGGAGAAAUGUAUGUGAUUCAUUUUCUUCAUCUUAUCUCUAAUUAGUAGAGAGAACAGUUCUAUAUACUGUUUCUCAAAUUCCCUUUUAGUUAUAUGUGAAGUAUAUAUUUGGUGUUUAUUCCAUUUAUUCUGCAUAUAGCAGAUUUAAAGGCGUAUACACCACACACUACUGUUGCAUUUUUUUUUUCAGUCCCUCUUAGAAAAUAUUGGAGUUUAUCUGAGUGAAUUUCUACACCACCACAUUUUCAGGUGUAUAAUUACACAUCUCUUAAAUACAUUUAGAACUAUAUAGAAGGCACAACAACAUCCAAAGCCAUUUUAGGUGGAUCAGCUCCUGGAAUAUCUAUAUCAACUAAGGUUGUUAUAUCAUCUUAUCAUAACCACUUAGCCUACUGUAGUGGUUAUGAUGUGAGGAAUACCCUGGUCCUGUUCCCAAGUAAAAGACAAACAAUUUUGGAAUAAUUUGCCCUCUUGUAUGGAUGUCUGCUGAGCCUCCUAGAUUUCCUGCAAAUAUGAAUUUGAUUAGUCAAUGUAUAAGACUCCACAGGUAAAUUCCGGACAAACCGUGUGUGUAUGUAUAUGUAAUUUGUAUUGACCAUUUUUGUUUCAUUUGGAGUUGCUUCAUAUCAGAUGAUUACAUAUUGGGGGUUUGGACAACCAAGCAAUCUUAUUGUGUGAAGGAAUAGGAAGGUUCCACAAAUGACCACUUUUCAGGCCUUAAAGGGUUGACCUACAAUGAAAUUUAAAUAUUUCAAAUGUAUUUAUAUAUAUAUUUUUUUUUUUUCUUUUCCCAAUUGUAAGGAAGGAAUGAUGAUCGGAAGGAGGCCCUAUGAAGUGCUGCAUGUGGUUUGAUGAUGGAAGGGAAUGAAUCUGCAAGUACGUGUAGCAAACCGGUCGGAUUGUUCCAGCGGCAAGAGAAGGAUGUUGAGCCGUGGCUGUGGAAAUUGUCAAAUUGCUUCUCUACUGUUGGUCAGGCAUUACCCACUACAGGAGGGAAACCGGUAACAUUUCAAAUAUUUUAUUUUUGUUUCAAUGUUAGAGUUGACAUAGUAUGUGUGUGGUGGUAUGGGGGAGGGGGUCACUUUGAUAAUUUGAUUUCCGCUGUUGAGUAUGUGCUUUGUGAAUCUGACUACAUUGAGCAGCAAUUGUUCAGGUAACCUUAAAAUCUGAACCAGCUAGCGGUUCAGUCAGGUAGUGACAUUUUAUCUGAAAAUUAUUCAACACACAAAGUUUUGUAAAUAUAAAUAUACUCUUCAAAAACUAUUUUUAUUUUAGUUUUAAUUCUUUAUUUUUGUUGUGCAGAUAGGUAAAAUGAUGACUGCAUUGCCACAACCGCAUAAAUAGUCAGAUAAAAUAUAGUGUAUAGUAUGGCAGCACAUUUUGAUGGUUAUGAUCAUAAUAGUCGAGCAUUAGUAGUGUCUGCAUGUGUAACAUGGUGAAAGACUGGUAGACAAGAGAUUAUCAAUGCAUAGAACCACAGGGAUUAAAUGAACGUUGUCUGUACAGACUUUCCAAACAAAUGGCAUAUAACACUGAAGUUGAGAUUAAGAUUAGAGGCCCACUGUAGGUACUCUAUAACAGAAAAUAAAACCAAGUAACUGGAAGGCAUAUACAUUCAGUAUCAAAAUAGGCUAGUCCAUGCCAGUCACCCAACACCAACCCUGGAAGCCUGAUGUGCAAGCCCGGGAAGUCGCUUUAACUGGAUACCGCCAAGCUGUGCAUCAGCCACUGGGAUCUGUCCAUUUUUUUUUUUUUUUUCUGGUCUUGUGUGCAGAUGCGAGAUCUGAAGUGUUCCCUGGAAAGCGCUACAUGUUGCGGAGAUUGUCUGGUGGAUGUAUUUGUGCCACUUUGAUCGAACGUGUAGGGCGUUUCUGACUGUGUCUAAUCAGGUCUGAUUUCGGAGUUGUGGUGGUGCUCUUAUGGGGAGAGGUAGACCGCUGUGGUGUUGCCUCUACUCCAACUCUGGUCUCUAGCUUCUCCUGCAAUCUCCUCUAAAAGUGGUAAUUGACCAUUUUAUAACUUGUACAGUACGAGUGUAUUUUAUGAGUCUGGCAAAUGCAGGUCAGUUAAGUGUGCUUAUUUAUUUUCUCCUAUCAGAGGAGUUCAGUAUGGAACGAAUUAUAAUAGAACUAAUCUUCCUAUGCAUUUCAUGUAAAUAGAAAUCUAAUGUUUUAGACUCCUUUGUUGCAUAGUCUGUUUAGUUAGAAUUUCGUAUCUCCUGCUCUGUUAGUAGUCUGUUAGAUCAGCAGCCUCUCGUGUGUGUGUGUGUGUGUGUGUGUGUGCUUAAAGUCCAGUUAACAGAGUAGGAUAUAAAAACUUCUAAAGUAAACACACUGUUUUCUAACUGAAAAUGAAACUUUAAAAAAAAAUUGCAGGCUGUCAGUCAGGGGUGCUAGGGCUGUAUAAAAAAAAGCAGUGAGACUGUAGGGGCAUGAUCUAUAAACCAAAAACUGCUACAUUAAGCUAAAGUUGUCACGAUGCCUAUAGUAUUCAUUUUUAUGAUGCUUUGUUCUUCAUAUGAUGGCUCCUCCCCAUUAUGCAUUUCAUUGUUUUGGAUCAUAAAUUUAAAAUUCAACAGCUCAGUGUAAAGUGAUAUUAUAUUUAAAAUGGCUUUUCCCAUAAACUUGCCUUUCUCUUAUUUCAGAAUCUGUUCUUUUCGUUUCUAAUCGAUUUUUCUCUUUGACAUGACACAAUGUAGAGAGGACUUUGUCUUAAGUCCCGACAAAGGGUGGAGCUUAAGGCAUGAUGCAAACUCCACCCUCUAUCAAGAUUCGUCAAGCAUAAGUUAAAAAUACUUAUGUUUAAAUGAGGAAUAGAUCCUAAAUAAAGGAAAACAGAUUCUGGAUGAGAAGAGGGAAAUUUGAGGCGACAGAGGCCAUUUAAAAAUGUUAACCCUUCCUUGUUAUGCAUUGCAGACCUUCAAGAUCCUCUUUUAAUAUUAAGGUUGUCUCUUUACUUUUUAGAAAGACUUCAUGGAGAGAAAGAAGCCCACAGUGGAGCUGAAGGAUGUCCCUCUACCUCCCCCUCCCAAAAUUCAACCUUGCACAAAUAUAUUCCAAUCAGUACCCCUUUCCAAAAACCUACAAGCCCCUCUACAGUCAGGUCCCAAAGUAAGCUGCUGUGCUCUUUGUUCCAUUGGCCCCUCUUGCACACCUGAUUACAUGUGUGGUGGUGGUGGCUUUAUUCUUUCAAACACCAUAUUGGACAAAAAAGUUGCUGGCACAAUUACUUGUCAGAUAGCCCCAGGGCUAAAUUUCUCUACUGAAAGCCCUUUUAAGAAAAACCCUGCUACCAGCUCCUGUAGUAGCCUCACUACAGGCUUUUCCAAAAUGUGUGUGGAAAAUCGUUUAUCUCCAUGUCAAAUCCAUUCUCCACAACCAGUCACUUGCUGCACCAAUGCUCAUUUUAACACUUGUCAUGGUGACCUCCACAAGUUCCAGGUCCCUGUUCUUGGCAAUUCUGGUUACUUUCCUUGCACAGAGUUCACCGGUGGGACUUCCCGGCACUUACAAGAACAUAUCACACAGUCUGAUCUGCUAUCCCACUACUGCACAAGCUCCUUGCAACUAAGCACUGCACCCUCUGUCUAUUUUAAGGGCUCUCACCUCUGUGAUGUCUGCUUGGAAAAGGUUUGUCUUAUGCCUCUGGUUUCAAUUGCAUACAGUGAAAUUUAUCUUUGUAUAUUAUGAUUUCUUGUCGUUGGCUCAUCUGCCAUAUUCUAACCACUGCAAUUUGAUAGACUAGCUUUUGUAUCCUGAACCAUUCUGCCAUUGACUAUCUAUUGGAUGGGAUAUUGCACAAGUUCAUUCAGCAAUACUUGGCAGUGGUGUUUUUAAAGGGACACAAUUACUUAAUUCUCCUGCCACCGUGACAAUUUCUGCUUUUUGAAGUGGUGGUAGUAGUCUGUACAUGCAGUGAUUCAGCCUAAAAAAACUGAAUACUUGGAUAUUGUGUGCUGGGGGCUAGUAGCACCCACAGCUCUGUUCCAUGGCUCACGUUUGUCAGCGUGCACAGUGAGCUGGGAACAGGUGUAAAAACUAUCCGUUGGCGCUCCCUUCCACCAUUCAAAAACUGGAAGAAGUCCUCCCUCGAUAGAGCAUGCGCAUGCCAUCAGAUGGCAAAUCGGUCCAGUAACAGGCUUCUUUAUGCAAACCCUGUGAUUGGACCAUGGAUGUGCCGGGUGAUGUCAUGACUAGAGCUGUGCUCCUGGCUGUCAGAAGGCAACUUUUUUCCAACCUUUUAUAACUUUGAUUGGUGACCACACCAGUUACAUCCAGUCGACCAACUGGAAAUGUUUCACAGCAUUUUUAUUUAUUUAUUUAUUUUUGUCUAAAAUGCUGCAUGCACAACUUUGAGUUAUGACCUCUCAGAAGGGAUUUAGUUUCAUCUGUGAGUGGCAGGUUCACUGAACAGUGCAUUGAGGAUCAAAUAUACAUUCACUUGUAUUAAAGAUGAAUGGUUAAUUUGGCCCCUAUUUCCCUUUAAAAGAAAUACAAAACUGUUUUUUGGCAAAUGUUAAUUCAGAGAAUCACAUUUUCCCCCAAAUGUUAAAUGGCAAGAAAACUGAUCUUAAAGAAUGAAGGGGCUUUCAGAACAGUGUUAGGUUAAAAAACGUAAGACUAGUGUGGCAUGGGUAUAAAAACCUGAGCUGGUGGGCUGUGUAUUUUAGUCCUGUUUUGUUCCUCUGCAGCCUUCAAGUAAUACAGUGAUGGAUGUUAAAAAAGUGUGGCCCAAUAUUCCUCCUCCAAGCACUCUGCCUGUUCCUGUCCCCUUAUGCAAUGGCUGUGGCACGCAAGGAACUGUGAAAGAGACUGCCUUCAUACUGGCAAGUAAUUUCCGCAAAGCCUCACUAAAAUAUGGUAAGUUUAGCAAGAGCAUUUUUACUUUGAAUAUAUCUAUAUUUCAGCGUUUACCAGCAGUCUGGGACUUCUUUCUCGUAUUUCCCUUUAUUUAUUUUUUUUAAUUUUUUUUCCUGAACUCUCUUCAGGAAAUUCAGGCCUGUGGAAGAAGGUUCUUUAGUUUGAACUGCAACAUGACUUCAUUGACAUUCUUGAAUUUAAAUACAUGUAUUCUUAAUUGGUGUUAUUACCGCUCUCCUCACCCCAUAUGUAUUAUCUUCGUAUUUCACUUUAAUACUGUAUCAGAACACAAAUUUUGAAUUCAUUGUGUCUUCUUGCUCAGAAUUGCUCUAGACCAAGGAUAGGCAACCUUCGGCACUCCAGAUGUUGUGGACUACAUCCUCCAUAAUGCUCUUACACGCAUCAUGGGAGGUGUAGUCCAAAUAAUCUGCAGUGCUGAAGGUUGCCUAUGCCUGCUCUAGACUUUAGAAAGGGAGGAUCUCUUGGCAUAGGUCUACAAAUUUUAAUACUAGGGCUAUAGAGAGGCGUGUUUUUGUUUUUUUUUUUCAUACAUUUCAUGACUGGAGAAAAACAAAACCUUUUUUACAAUUAACAUAUUGGAUUACUACAGUCAGAUUGCAAGUGGUUGGAAAUGCAUGGAAUGAGCAAGUGCAGGAGGAGGAGCUGUUAAAUGUCUUUGACCACUAUUGUACUAGUUAUGGCACAGGGCGAACUUGAAGCAAUUUCUUUAUUCCUGGAUAGCCCAGCCAUGGUCAUGCGUGUAUACAGUUGGCAGCUCUGUAUGCUGUGACACACAAACUGAGCUUGGCUAUCGGGUGGGGGAUACUUUAUUGACGAAACGGAGCUUUAUAACACGUGGAGCCUCUUUCUGGUCAUGCGUUGUCAAAUUUAAAAAAAGUGCCAGUUUUAUUUCAAUAUAUAGCAAUCUUUCAAUGAGCAUUGAAAGUACUGUCAGUGUUUGGUGACAUGGAGGCUUGGUGAGCAAGUGCAAGAUGAGAUUCUUUGAAGGUAUAUGCAACUUGUGCGUUCCUCAAAACAAAAAAUGCACAAUACCCAAAUACUGAGAAGAGAAUGGUUUUGGAAUAAUUUGACAACAGCCUAUAUUACCGUGUUCCAUCAUUUCCAAAUGGAUGGCUGCAGUAAUGACCAUAGUUAAUGCAUCCAUAUUCAAGUACCUCUAAUUAUACACAAAAGACUGAUUUUGUAAACGCACAUUACUAUACCUUCUUAGACUACAAAACCCUUUGAACCUAGUGUCUCAAUGUUACCAAGUGGGAUUGAAUAGGUAGGCACUUAAUUUUGGGACUUGUUUCCCUAGAGGAGAACACACUUGCAGGGUUAUUCAUUAAAAUUGUCAGGAAUUGAACAUGAAUUCUAUGAGCUUCAAAUUUAAUGCCAAAGUAGCCAAACUGAAAGUAUAGCCAACAUGGAGCUUUUUAAAAAAUAAAUAAAAUAAAAUGUAAAUGUAUAAUUUCCCAAAACUCUCCCUUUAGUAAAUCACUGUUGGCUUUGUUAUUAUUCUGCUUAAUCCACAGUGUUUAAAUCCUAGUCAUUACAACAUGCUUACUGAUACACUAUAUGUGCAUUCCACCUCAAUUUGUUGUGUUCCACUGUCAUUAUGAUGCUUGAUGCCAAAAUUUUCUCUGGUUUUGGAUUAAUGCAUUUAAAUACCAUUACAGCUUAGCACAUCACCAGAUGCAGUGACUAUGAGCUACUGUACGCCAACACCUAAGUCCUGUGCACAUGUCUUGUUUUAAGGGUGGUGUCUUGGUUUUUCUUCCUUUCAGGAUCCCCUGAUUUGCAAGCUGCUGGGCAGUUGCAAGAAAACUUGCCUCCUAUUGGUGUAUUUUGGGACAUUGAAAACUGCUCUGUUCCCAGCGGACGCUCAGCUGUGACUGUGGUGAAGCGAAUUCGUGAGCGUUUUUUCAAAGGUCACAGGGAGGCAGAGUUCAUCUGUGUCUGUGACAUCAGUAAAGAAAACAAAGAAGUCAUUGAAGAGCUUAACAAUUGUCAGGUAAGCGUCUAAUCUGAAAGUACAUGAGCACUUGGGGUGUUUUUUUUAAACCCUUAUUUUGUGUAUGAUUUCUUUUCCUCCCAUCUGUAGUAUAGAACUACUGGAAUAACUUAAAUGCAGUACUCAAAAGGAAGUAGAUCAUGUAUUAUGAAAUAUAUUUGUGUAUUCAUACUCAGGACAUACUUGAAAACAAGAGAAAUCUCAACGUAUCUUUCCUGGUAAAAUAUUUUAUAAAUAUAGUGGUGAGACACCAUUUAAAAUGACUUUUAUUGUUAAAGGGACACUAGUCACUAUAACCACUUUCUCUCUUUGAAUUGAUUAUAUUGCCUGGAGUCCCCUUGCACUGUCCCUCCAUUCAGUGUUGCACCAUGUUUGUGCAGUAUGCCACAAAAUAAGUCCCUGGCCACCCACAGUCUGGCCCCUUCAGUAUGUGUAGCUAAGGCAGAGAUUACACACUUCCUUGUUGUCAUACCCAUUCAUACCGUCAGUUGGAGCUCUGACAGGUUAAAAGCAGUCAGCUGACACUCUCAGCCAAUCACAGCUGCCCAUUGCUGCUCGGGGUAAUACUUCCUUAUUAGCCAAAGCAGCACAGAGGGGAUGGACUGCCGUGGUCUCUUGUUUAACAUUAAAACAUUACAACAUUAAAAACUGUUUAAUGCUGAAAGAAAUGAUGGCACCAGGGGACUCCAUACACUAUAUAACCAUUCAUUCAUUGAUAAAGGAUUCAUCUAAAAUAACUGUCCCUUGAUAUUGGUCUAAUUAAAAAUAAAAAAAGGAAACUGCAAAAAAGCUAGAUAACAUGGAUUCUUAAACUAGUUGUGCAUUAUCCCCCCCCUUGCAUAUUUCUUCCUCCCCAGUGUGUAUUUGUGCAGAAGCCAUUUCAGUGUCUGUCCUCUUUCCCUUUUAUAGGUUACUGUUGCUCACAUCAAUGCCACAGCAAAGAAUGCUGCAGAUGACAAACUCCGGCAGAGUUUGAGAAGGUUUGCCGAUACACACACGUCUCCUGCUACUGUGGUUCUGGUUUCCAGUGAGUAAAUUCUGCCAUUCCCUGCAGUGGGGUUUUUUUUUUUUUUUUGUUUUGUGUUUUUUUUCUGCAAAUAUGAUUUCCUUUACAGACCUCUAAAACUGACAGUGAUGAUACCUGCUUUUAUGAACCUGAAGAAAUGCAUCCUGAUCUUGGCUGCUUCUAAAGCCUUGCUGGAAACUAUCUAUCUGUUUUGGGUGGUGUGAUUUUUGUAGGCGCCCCCUCCCCUCUAGGGAAACUUAAAACCGGGCUAGGCUGGCGGUCAAUGUUACAGUAUUCAUGUAGGUUGCUUUACUUUUCUUAUGUUGUAGUCACCCUGUACCAUUUAUAUGUGCAGGGUGUGUAAUUGUUUAGUGUGUAUACUGUUAAAUGUAUUGCCUGCUAUCCCAUACUGCUGAGGAUUGCUACUAACUAGGUGGAUUUGGAGCUUGUGUAGUGCCCUCUGUAGCAAUAUGCACUGCCUGAAUAGUUGGGCAGAGGGGACGGAACCUGCCUGGAAGGAGAGCUGCUGCCUGGUUUGGUGCAAAAGCUCCAGAAUGACCCCAGUCAAGCUGCGGCGACUUGGGCAGAAGUGUUCCAGGGUCCUAGGAAGCGAACUUGGCGGAGAUACCCAGCAAGGAAGCUCUGUCACAGUGGAAUAGACUCAAAGCAGUUGGGUCAGCACUUGACCAGAUAGUGUUUGUGUGGGUUUUUUAUUUAUAUUUUUAAUAACCGCAAUGAGAAGAGGUCUUCUAAUACAAUCUCAAAUGUAUUAUGAAAAAAGUGAGCUAGAUGUUCCUUGUAUCAAGGCUUUUUUUUUUUUUUUCCUCCUCUCCUUCAGCUGAUGUCAACUUUGCUCUGGAACUCAGUGAUUUGAGACAUCGACAUGGCUUCAAUAUCAUACUGGUUCACAAGAACCAGGCCUCUGAGGCUUUGCUUCAUCAUGCAAACGAACUGAUCAGCUUUGAAGAAUUUAUUUCAGACCUGCCUCCCAGAUUACCUCUUAAAACACAAGUAAGACUCCACUCGUCAUUGUGAUUGAUCCUACAAAUACUGUUAAGUGCAAUAUUUAUAAAGUUUACUUUUUUUUUUUUUGUACUUGCAACCUUAUUAAAAAUCAGUGUUUCAAAAUAAACAGACAUGAUUUUAAUGCACUGUAAUAAAUACAUUUUAUUCUCAAAACAUAUAUCUAUUUACAGAGAUGUUGGUUACAUACACAUCUACAAUGUAACCUUGAUUUUAGAAUACUAAUUUGAAUGUUCAUUUGCGCAGAUAUUUAAAGCCUUAAAUGUUUCUGCUGUUUUUUUUUUUUUUCUCAAUAUAUGAAGCAAAUUUAAAAGCCAAACUAGUCCAUGUCUUGUCUUUAAGUUAUUUUGCUCUGAUUCUUUAUGUAAUUUGUGCAGGCAUAAACAUAUAUUCUGUUUUAUUAACUUGAUCCUUGUGUUAAUUAUUGCAUUUUAGUGUGCCCAUCAGGGAGGGGUGUUUUCUCUCUAACUGAGUAGCUGUGUAACUUUUUAUUUUUUUUAUUCCACCCCUUACCAUUACAGCAGUGCCAUACUCUGUUAUAUGUGUACAACUUGCCAACAAACCGAGACACAAAGAGUAUCAGCAACCGUCUACGGCGCUUGUCUGAUAACUGUGGAGGGAAAGUAAUGAGCAUCUCUGGCAGCAGUGCCAUCCUCCGUUUCCUUAACCAGGAGAGUGCGGAAAGGGCACAGAAGCGCAUGGAGAACGAGGAUGUGUUUGGCAACCAAAUCACUGUGUCCUUCAUGCCUAAAAAUAAGGAAGUGACUGAAACAAAGACUUCUAAUGGCAUAUGUGGCGAUAAAACGAAGUCUCCCAAGAAAGCGAGCAAGAAUACCAAACUGUGCCUCACUUUUAAAGAUCCGCACGACCAGUCCUUAAAUGCCAAGGCUGCUUCCAACAAGGGAUCUCAAGGCUCUGGCACUAAACACUCAAAUGUAAAAAGUCUGCAGGUAAAGCCAGUGGGGAUUUAUUGCCUACAUAAAUCUGGCAUUUGCAACAUUCUUAUCCUUGAUUUUGUAUCUGAUUUAAAUCAAUUUUAUCCAAUGUAUUAAUGUUAGAGGAACUAUUACUUUAUAGGUUUUCUUUUCAGUGUUAUGGUUUGUGUAUCUGUAUAUUUAUAAUAUGUAUUUGAGAUGUCAAAAAUAAAUUAAAUGUAGACUUCCACCCUUUAUUUAGUUCUCUCAAUCGUCUGAAGCGCAGACAUUUGCACCUGGCAGUCAGCACAAGAAAGCUUAGAAAGAAUGGAAGAGGAAGAAAAAUGUUUUUAUUUGCAAUGUUUGCCUUGUCUAAACUGGGUUGUAUCCCUUACUAAAGAGACUUUCAAGGUUUUAUGCAGUGCUAAAAAUGUGACCAUUCCCUUUAACAGUAGUAUUAUUCCUCCAAUACACAUUGAGCGGUCUUGGGUAACAGAGAAAAUUGCAUCUCACAGUAGAUCUAUCUUCAGUUUGAGUUGGUCAGUCUAGGUUACAUUUUUCCACCUCAUCAUUCUAUAGCAUAUCACCAAAAUCUGAAAGACAAUUUGACUGGGGGAGGGAAUAACACUUAUGCACAGCAAAAAUAACAGCUGGCUUUUUUAUUUUCUUCUUCCCUUUAAGGAGCUGUGCCAAAUCCAAUCAAAAUCAAGCAACCGAACUGUGAGCCUGCAGGAUAAAGACAAGAAGAAAAAUGGAGACAGGCUUGACCUUAUAGUAACCCAAAGUAACCCAAACCAGGUGUUGAUGACCAAUAAAGUCAUAGGCAAAGAAGAAGCAGUCCUUAAAAGCACUAAAAAGUAGGUCUCUAAUCCUAUAUAUAAACUGUUUAUAGCUGACACCUACCUUUCCAGCUCAUGGCUUCUCAGAUCCCCCUCCACUCAGACUUAUUAUAUAUUUGCUGCAAUUUAAAGUGUUGUAUAAAUCCAUCUGACACUUAAAACAAAACAAACAAAAAAACCAUUGUCUAUUUGUUAUAAGAACGGACUGUUCAUCUGGCAUUGUUUUACCUUUUUUAUUUUUGGUGGGGAAUUACUUAUUGCAAAAAAAUCAGGUGUGUGUGAUGGAUUUAUUUCUUUUUCUGUUCUUUUCCUGUUGCAAUAAAAAUGCAUGGUAUAUAAGUAAUUUACCUAAUUAAGCUAUUUACAUAACUUUUUGUUUGUUAAUAGACGAGAAGAUGUCUGCCUUCAAAGCCGCUCAGACUCUCCCAUGGAGAGGAAAAACGAAGAGGAGGCACAAUUUCAUGUCAGUAACCCAUCUGCUUUCAGUAAACUCUCAGGGCCGAGACAACAGAGUCCUCUGAGGGAAUCUAAAAAGUGUUGGUCUUCAAGGUAAACUCUUUUCUGGUUGUUUGCAAUAGAGAUUUGAAUUCGUCACAACAUUCACUUGUAUUUACUCUGUAUCUUUCUGUAGGAGCUUGUCUCCGAGCCUCUCAAACUGUUCUUCGCCUUUUGCUGCUAAUUCAACUGAUGCUGCAGAUCUAUCUGAUCCAUUUGCAAAUGGUGCUGAUAUUCAGAUUGGUAAUCUGGACUAUAGGAUGUCAAGGAAAGAGCUCCUACAAACAUUGCGUGAUAUAUUUUCCAGGCAUGGAAAGGCAAGUACAUGUGACGUGUUGUAUUUCCUUAUCCAACAAUUACUCUGGUGCUGAUUUAUUUAUUUAUUUUUUAUUUUUUUUUAUUUUUUUUUAGUGGUAGUCAUACCCUGCAUCUUCCAAAGUGAAAGAAUAACAUUUCCAGCAUCUGCAUAGUUUUCUGAAUGGUUAUAGAUCACUGGUGUUUUAAAGGGACUACGCACUGCCCAAAUAUAAAAAUCACUUUUUAAUAUACCCAAAUAAACUCAUACAUGCAUUGAAUAAUAUUGUCUCUUACAUUGCAGACUAGUAAGUUACAGGACAAUUUGUUUAAAAAAUGUACCUUGUUACACCCCUGACUGUCCGCUCAUUUUACAUAGACUGCAGAUUUAAGUAGAAUUGGCACUGACACUCUUCACAAGUGAAGCACUUCAUAAAGUCAUCUUUGUCUUGAGUGUCCCUUUAAGUACUCUGACUACUUCUACCUAUUCAACUACUGAAGUUGGGAAACCUCCCCCAUCACUUGCUAAUUUGGCUAUUCAUAAACCGAGAACGUUCAAAAAUGUCUGGUCCAUUCAACUCAAUGUGUUUUCAGUUUGGCUAUAGAGAUCCUUUUGUACUCUUUCUGCUCAGUGGAUAAAAGUAAAGUGACACAGAAUUAUUCAAAAGAUAUUGGAAGUGGCAUUUGCACUUAGAGUGGUAAUCCACAAGAUUAGUGUGAGCUUUUUAUCUUUUAUGUUGCUCCUCAGAACUUGCCAGCAAAUGCAAUUUGGGACCCUGUGGGCAUAUUCACUUUAUUGCAAUAAUGUUAUGUUGCAAGAGGGUCCUGGGAGCUGCCUUAACGUAAAAGAUUGAACAUUUAAUGAUUUAACGCCAAACUUUGAAAAAUGGUUCAUGAUUGCGCUGCCCACCAACUUUAUUUCUUGGUCUGAGCUUUAAGUGAGGAAGCCUCAUUAAAGCACUGCUUAUGGACUACGAUCCAAUUUCAGAAGAGUGAGUGUGUAUAUAAUUUUUUUUUUUUUUUUAAAGCGCAUUUAAACACUACACUAAUGCCUUUGCUUUAAAAAAAAUUUUUUUUAAUUUAAACCUGAAGUUUGAUCCACGUCUAGGACUAUUAUAUAUAUAUAUAUAUAUAUAUAUAUAUAAUUUUUUUUUUUUUUUACCUGCAUCACUGUUUUUAAAUUCAGAUAAAGCAUAUGGAGCUGAGCCCUCAUACAGACUAUCAGCUGAAAGCCACGAUUCAGAUGGAAACUCUUCAGGAAGCAAUCUGUGCUGUUAAUAACCUACAUAGAUACAAGAUCGGAAGCAAGCGAAUCCAAGUUUCUUUGGCUACAGGGGCUACUAACAAAUCCCUUUCGCUUUUAAGGCAAGUGUUACUAUAUUCUUGAUAGAACCCUUAUGCUGCUGUCCAAACAGUCAGCACUAUCUAUUUUAGAUACUACUUGCAUAUAUUUAUUUAUUUUAUCUUUUUCCCCGCACAGUUUUGCAACAAUAUCUAUUCUUCAAGAUGCUCCAGCCUGUUGCCUCCCUUUGUUUAAAUUCACAGAAAUAUAUGAAAAGAAGUAUGUACUUGAUUCUGUCAGUAUAUGUGCUCUUAUGUUUUCCCCCACCUCCCUCAUUUUGUUAGAAUAGAUGCCUACAGGCAUGCUUGGAACUUGGGUUAUAGAUAAUUUUUGAUUUCCUUCAUUUAUCUUGUGGACUUCAUCCAUGGGACUUAACUUUUUUGUAAAAAAAACCCUUUGUUUUAAAAUAUAUAAUAUAUAAUAUAAUAUUCAUAUUCUACUUCGUUUGUAUCUGUUAAUCUAUAUUUUCUUUAUACUGUGAACACUUCAAUUCUUUACCCCCACUUCCCUCUCUUGUGUUCAACCUACAAUAAUGUAUUAAUGCACUGUUAUCCUGAUAACUUUUAGUUGAAAAUUUGUCAGAUAAAAUCAGUAUGUAUUCCCCUCUACCCCCUAAAAUUUGUAUAUAAUCUUUCCUAGCUACAUUAGUGUCAAAUAUAUUCCUCUAUUUUAUUUUAGAUUUGGACACAAGCUGAUUGUGUCAGAUUUGUACAGAUUAACAGACACUGUUACUAUCCGUGACCAAGGAAAUGGACGAUUGAUUUGUCUAUUGCCCAGCAUUCAAGCUAGGCAAAGCCCACUGGGAUCUUCUCAGUCGCAUGAUGGCUCGUCCACAAACUGCAGUCCUGUGGUAUUUGAGGAGCUGGAGUACCAUGAGCCUGUCUGUAGACAGCACUGCAACAAUAAAAAAUUAAAGUACGUAACGGUUUAAUAAUCCAGAGACUCCUACCUUUUGGUAGACAAACUCUUUCAACACACAACAUAGUUUUGUUUAAAGUGUUGGUUAAGCUUGUGGUUCUGUUGAUUUGAUUCUCAGUCAGCUUACAAAACAGAAGCUAGUCUAAACAGAAAAACAUUAGUCUUUAUGAUAUUUUCCAGGGAAGGCAGAAGAGCAGCAUGGAGACACUGGAGGGCAAAAUAAAUCUAGCCUUUUAACCCCUUAAGGACUAAACUUCUGGAAUAAAAGGGAAUCAUGACAUGUCACACAUGUCAUGUGUUAAGGGAGAGGGACCUUGAAUAGAUAAACCCUACUGCUUUUGGAUAAAUGAUUGCAUUCCUAAUGCUAAGGUGCAUGAAGUCCUUUUUUAAAAAACUGUUUAGAGAACAGUUUUAUCUUUAGAUUCCCACAGUUGACUUUUUUUUUUUGCAAUUCAUAAACCAGAUCCUAUUGUAUAUUUUUCAGUGAGCAUGACUUUGACCCAGACUCUUACGUAAUCCCGUAUGUCAUCCUUUCUUUGAAAACGUUUGCCCCACAAGUUCACAGCCUUUUGCAGACUCAUGAGGGUACAGUUCCACUUCUGAGGUGAGUGUAUACAUUUUUGUAUUUAAUUUAUUUGUACAAUUUGAAACGCAAAAGUGUCUGUGUUUUUUGUUUUUGUUGUGUGUGUUUUUUUUUUUUUUUACGUUUAAUUAUUUUGGUUUGUCCUCUUCCGGUUCCUCUAGCUUUCUUGAUUGUUACGCUGCAGAGUUCAGUGCUCUUGUUCAAGUCCAAGAAGAACAAGGCGGGGUUCCUCUUGAGCACUUAAUAACCUGUAUACCUGGUGUUAAUAUUGCAACUGCACAGAAUGGAAUUAAAGUUGUGAAAUGGAUACAUAACAAGCCACCUCCUCCAAAUACUGGUGAGUUUUAAAUCUAAACUUAUAAUAGAAACAAAAAAAAUACAGGGCGCCAGAAACUAAACUUGCUGGAAGUGAUAUAUAGAGGCAUUCUGACAACAUAAACUGGAGGUUACCUGUCGGCCUAAACUUGUCCAGCAUGUUCAUGCAAUACAAAUCCCUCCCUUCAUAGUUUAUUAUGAAGGGGCCAGAGCUGCGGCCAAGUGCAAUUAAGCAGUUGUCUGAUAUCAGCAAUAAUGUAUCUAUCAACUUGGGCAAUAUUUUUUUUUUUUUUUGUUUAAUGGAAUUUCUGCUACGUAGUUAACUGUGUUUCCUAAAACCUCCCUAAAGAGAAUUGAUUGGUUAUGGUGCAUGAAAUGUUAAAGAGACACUGUAGUCACCAUGACAACUACAGGUUAUUGUAUAAUUAUUCCCUUUAGGCUUUUUGCACUAAACACAGUCUUAGAGAAAAUGCAGUGUUUAUAUUACAGCCUAGGGAUACCCCAACUGGCGGCCACUCAUAUGGUUGCUAGAAGUACUUCCUGGGGCAGUGCUGUACAAUGUGAAGCAUGAAGAUUCAGUAUGUCCACUCUCUGCAUGCAGACACUGAACCUUCCUCAGCUGUAUUGAUUUAAUGUAUCCAUAUUCAAUAGGGCAUUGGGGAGGGGAAGGUUAAGGAAUACUGGUUUGUUCUUGACCCUCUAGUGUUCCUUUAAAAUGUCUUAUUUUUUCCUCUUUUAGAUCCUUGGUUAUUACGGUCUAAGAGCCCAGUUGGUAAUCCUCAGUUGAUUCAAUUCAGUAGAGAAGUGAUUGAUCUUUUGAAGAGUCAACCAUCAUGUAUAAUGCCGGUAACAAAGUUUAUCCCAACAUACCACCACCAUUUUGCAAAGCAGUGUCGUGUGUCAGACUAUGGAUAUUCUAAACUUAUGGAACUGUUGGAGGCUGUUCCUCAUGUACUUCAGGUGUGUACUACCAGAGAUGAACUUGGAAUUCCAGUCAGUGGUAUACUUUAGAACCUUGUGCACACCCCCAGUUUCUAGAGCCAUAUAACAUUCCAAGCACCACAACAAAUUGUGCAUUUUGUGGAUGCUUUUUUGGGUGGGGGCGUAAGUUGUGGUGCACGUAACAUACCAAUCACCUUCAUUCAUUUUGGUGCUAAAUGCCUAUUACCUUGUGUGGAGUGCUUUUAUUGAAAGCUCCAUAGUCUGCUUCCAGCCUAGUUAAAUAUUUUCAUUCAUUAUUAAAACCACUUUCAACCUGACCAUAGAACUUGGUUUAAUUGGAACAUCUAGGCAACUGUACUAUAUAUAAUUUAUUUUUAUUUUUUUUUGUCUACUUUUGUUUUUUGUUUUUUCACCAUAUUAGAUUCUUGGCAUGGGUUCCAAGCGUUUGUUAACCCUGACUCACAGAGCACAAGUAAAGCGCUUUACCCAAGACCUCCUGAAACUCCUCAAAUCCCAGGCCAGCAAGCAGGUCAUUGUAAGAGAAUUCUUACAAGCUUACCACUGGUAAGUAUUUCAAAGUGAGUUGACCUUCUUUAACUGAAAAGUGGUUUCACUGGCCCACCCCAUUAGGGGAUGUAGUUUUAUUUGAAUAGAUAGGCCUAUUCUUUUACCUUUUUGCAUAGACCAAGUCAUGAUGCAUUGUGUAUUGUUUAAAAUUGCAUGUUAACGUGUGAUCAAUAGGAAAUACAUUUCAAACAGGACAGUGGUCUUCUGAGGUUUGGGUACUUUGUAUAUGAAGUGACUGCUCUAUUUAUACAGUUUCACCACCUCUUAUUCCUUCACCCAAAAAAAGCAAUUUCAGCCUUUCAGGUUACUGGUACAGCCGGGGUAAGUCUAAAACUUGCCUCUGCUGCACUACUCCUGGCAAUUUGAAACUUUGCUACGCCUUAAUAUAAAGUUAAAUGUCACAACCAACAGCUAGCUUUCCGUGACCGUUCUCCUAGAAAAACCUCAUGUUUUUGUGUUAAUUUUUUUAUAUAUAUUUCAUAUUUAGUUUGACCUGCAUGAACUGUUAUUCUAAUGUACUAGUAAGUAGUUGUAUUGUGAACUGAAAGUCUGUUUAUUUUGUUUCUAUUCCAGGUGCUUUUCAAGAGACUGGGAUGUAACUGAAUAUGGCGUGUGUGAGCUUUCUGACAUUGUAUCAGAGAUACCUGAUACCACUAUAUGUGUGUCUCAGCAAGAUAAUGAUUUCAUAAUUUCAAUUCCUAAAAGAGGUAUAGUAUUCUGCUGACCAUUUUGUACUUUUGGCUUUUUAAAUUAAAAUUUACAAACCGAUUUCUACUACAAGGUGUGUGUGUGUGUGUGUGUGUGUGUGUGUGUGUGUGUGUGUGUGUGUGUGUGUGUGUGUGUGUGUGUGUGUGUGUGUGUAGGAGGAGAGUGACACUUUUUGCAUGGGAAGGUGGGGUUUUUUGUGCUUAGACAUUCUUGUAACUUAUUUAGUUUUGUUAGCUAGCUAUACUAUAUGCUUCAGUCAUUUAUGUAUUUUUCAUCUACAGUGUGCAUUCAGUUUAAAUCUCUUUAAAAUUGUGAAGCCGUCACGAAAUAGCCCCUCCAUACCUGCCAUAAGCAAUCCGUUCCUGUGACCGAUUUAAAGCAAACUGGUGAUUACUGCUGAACAGGCUCUGAUUGCCAUAGUCAAUCUGAGAAUGUAUGCCUGUUAAUUGAUGUAACUCUAGCAAUGUGAUUGCUGUCAAAGUUCUAAGGAAGAUUUGUAUUAAGUUUCUUUAGAAAAUUGGUAGAUUUAUUUGAGGGGGGGAUAUUUAUUACUGCAAAACAAUUUGGCCCAAAAGGUAAAUAUAAAAGUUCUGAACUACAACUCCUUAAAAGGUCUAUGCCUUUAAAUACAAACCAUGUCAGCAAUUUGCAUUUUGGUGUUUUCCUGGUGGGGCUGAACCAGAUUCCUUGCACCCCUAAUUCAUAGAAGGUGGAUGUUCUCCCUACUUUCACUGUUCAUAGGUGCAUUAAUAGUGCCUGCAGUCCACUCACACCUUCUCAUUCAGUAUUGUUUUUUUGUUUAAUGUGAAAUGAAGGAAGUGUAUAAUCUCUGCCCAUGCCAUACUUCCUGUAGGGACCAAGCUGUAGGUGGCCAGGCACACUUAUUUAGUGUUAAACUGCUCAUGAAUGGUUUACCAUUGGAUGGAGGGACUAUGACAGAAGUCUCCAGCACUAUAUCCAUUUUUUCAUGAGAUGUUGUGCCUACAUUGUCAUUUUAAGCAAAUGUAUAUAGUAAAAUGGUAUAACUAUCUUGUAAAGUUAUUUUGGGGCUAAUGACCUAAGAGAUGCUUACAUGGCACCUUACUUGUCCACUGCUGGAUGUCUCCUGACAACAGACUCUUAGUAAGAAGCAUCUCACCCUGGUAUCUAGCGUCUCAUCACUCGCUCAUGUUUUAUCCUUCUGCUGUCUUCACUCCUGUAUGGUGAAUUCAGCAUUAUGACUUGGCUAUUCCUGAACUGGAUAUGUACAGCUGGAAUCUCAAACUCCACUCUCCAGAUAUUCCUGAACUAGAACUCCCAUGAUUCUCUGGCCAUCUCUGCAGAUGAAUUUAAAGAAUUCUAGGAGUUGGCAGGCCAGAUGUGAAAUCCUAGAAAUACACUUGCUUCCUGAGCCACUGUUUCCCAGCUGGUAGUCCUAGAAAACAUGCAGCAGACUAUAAAUAAAAACCUUGUUAAGCGGCUCAUCUUUGUGCCGAUGACAUAAUGAGUGUGUACUGAAGUAGAAAAAAUGUUGCAAUGCAGGUCAAGUUAUUUUUAAAUUGCAGAACAUUUUAAGCCGAGUGACCUCUAACAGACCUGGAGUCUAACAUAUUUUAAUGCUAAUGUUAGCGCCCAAUAGAAAUUCUAUGCUAAAAAUAAUCUACCCCUCAUUUGCUAGUAUAAAAAAAAAAAAAACUAUGGUAUCCUAAAUGCCACCUGUGUUUGGGGCCUUGUGAUGUAAUUAAAAAGGAUCCACAGGGCACUGAGAUGACAUUUAUAGUGUUAUGCCUCUGUGUAGCAUGAGCCACAUUCUAAAUUUGUAGCAGUAUAAUAUCAUGGUAUAUGAACACUCGGCUUGUUGCAAUAGUUUUGAUAUCAGAUUAACUUUAUAUAAUUUUCUUCUUAAGAACGUACUCCAGAAGAAAUAGAGCGGACAAAGCAGUUUUCUAAGGAAGUGGUUGACUUACUACGCCAUCAGCCUCACUUUCGGAUGCCUUUCAAUAAGUUUAUUCCGUCCUACCACCACCACUUUGGUCGCCAGUGCAAACUGACAUACUACGGGUUCACUAAACUGCUCGAUCUCUUUGAAGCCAUACCAGAUGUUUUACAAGUAAGUGCUGCCCUGAACUAAAGCGUGCUCGGUUUGUAUCUUCACUUGGAUUCCCUCCAAACCAGAAAAUCUAUUGCAUCAGAACAUUAUCGUGUUACUUUAUAUUUGUGCGAUUAGAUACCUAAAGCUGCCUGCAUACUUUUUGUGGUGCAUUGAAACAAGACCUUUCUCAUUAUCUAACUUAUGAUUCCGCAUUUACUUUCACCUUUUUAAAUAUGAAUGUACUUGCUGGGUAAACAUUGAAUCCAGUUUCCUGUAGGAAUCUAAAGGAGCAAUGCACUCUUAUGCAUUUCCACUUGCUUGCAUGAGUCUUACGUGAUUGAGCCUUCAGUGAGUGCAGGAUGUUCAGUGUCUGCAUUGCUCACUCUUUGUAGGUCUUAGAAUGUGGUGAGGAAAAGAUUUUGACCCUGACGGAAAUGGAGCGUAUUAAGGCUUUAGCAUCACAACUUGUUAAACUUCUGCGGUCUCAAAAAGACGCCUCUCUUAUGAUGCCCAACUUGCUUACUGAAUAUAGCAAGACGUUUGGCUACAGUCUGAGGCUCCACGACUAUGAUGUCAGCUCUGUGCCAGCGUUGAUGCAGAAACUCUGCCAUGUUGUUAAGGUAAUGGUUCUUGGCGGGGUCACAAGCACAACAUGGUCAAUACUUUUACUUUGGUUUUUGGGCUUAGUCUUCAAUCACAACUUUAGUUUUGUACAUGGAUUGCUCUGCUGCACUCUGGGGAAUCACUAUCUUAAUGUUGGAUGGAAAGGACAAACCUAAGAAUUUGUAUGUCCUACACAUGUCAUACAUUUAGAUGUCAUCACACACUGUUAAAUUAGUUAUUCUACAAUCUAACCUUAUAAUGUAAAUGUGUUAAAUUUUAUUUAUUUUUGGCACUUUGUAUUCAAAAUUCAGGCUACCCCAUUCUUCUACAAUUUUGGAUUAAUUUUUUUUUUUGUGAGAAAUUGCAGAGAUUUGGUAUCUAAAGAUGGCUUCUUUAGAGUUAUUGGCUUAAAGGAACAAUCAAAGCACCAUAACUACAGCCAACUGUUAUGGUGCCAGGAGUGCCCUGGUCCUGUAAAUGGUGUAACUGUGUAGGUAUAUAUAAUAUAAUAAUUUGCCUCUGCUUUUCCUGAGCAGAGCUAGCUCAUUGACUGAGAACAUCAGCUGAUGGCUCGCUGUCAAUGAAAUAAGCCUUGCACUGCUGGGCUUCACUCAGCCUUUGGCUUUCUAUUGGAAGUAGUGGCGGCAGACCUCUGGUAAGGAGUCAUCCGUAUAAUGGUUGGACACUCACUGGAAUAACUAGUAUACCGCUAUGUACUGGUUUAUGGUGUUAGGAGAAAUAAAAUAGUGUUCUUUGGGUUUUAUAAUAUGAUUCAAUGUCUGUGUUUUUUUGUUUAUAGUUAAAGCAUAGGAAGUGCUUCUAAUACAUCUUCCUUUAGAUUACAGGCAUAUCCUCUGGCAAGCAGAUCCAGCUAAUAAACAGAAAGUCAUUGCGUUUGCUAACUGCACAGCUUCUCAUCCUGCUGAUGUCCUGGGAUGACUCUUCCUACCUCACUGUAGAUCAGCUUCGCCGACUCUAUGAAGCUGUGCACGAUGUUCCUCUUAAUCCAUGUGAAUAUGGGUUUUUGUCCUUGAGUGAACUUUUAAAAAGCCUUCCAUACUUGGUUGAGGUAGGUUGAGGGGGUGGGGAAUAAUGAACAAAAUACGACUAGAUUUAAUUUUUGGUGAGUGGUGUGUGUGUGGUUUUGUUUUUAAACACUCAUUCACACGCAAUGGCUAAACAUUGGACUUUUUAUUUAUUUUUUAUCUUGUGAUUGUUUCAUAAUCACUCAAUUGUAUUGUUCGUGUAUAGCAAAAUAAAUGCUUGCUCCUAGCUUUGCACACACAACUGAAGGUGAAAUAUAGACUUUUUUUUUUUUUUGCUUUUUCUACUACCCUAUAGGUGCAAACAAAUGAUUCUUCUGAAGAUAUUGUGAAACUGACAUCCCUUUAUGUAUUUGCAAAGAAUGUUCGUUCCUUGCUUCAUACAUAUCAUUACCAGCAAAUAUUCCUGCAUGAAUUUCCAACGGCUUACAACAAAUAUGUUGGAGAAGUUCUGCAGCCCAAACAUUAUGGCUACAAUAACUUAGAAGAGAUAUUGGGGGCUAUACCACAGGUAUGAACUUCUAUUAUGUAACAGGACACCUGCAUACAUUUUAGUUUGUGGGGUUUUUUUUUUUACUUUUUUUUUUUUUUCUUUAAAAUCUAUUUUAGGUUGUUUGGAUUAAAGGUCAUGGUCACAAGAGGAUUGUGGUUCUUAAAAAUGACAUGAAACGUAAGUACAGCAGUUGUGUAGCCUACUAAAUUUGAUUUGUUAUGGUCAGAUGCAUGGAUGACAUUCAAUAAAUAUUGAAUGAUUAAAAAAACAACUUUGACUUUUUUUGUAUUUUUUCAAAACUUUUUUCGGGUCUCUGGAGAAUCAGAACAAAUUGGUUUUCCUCUACCACUUCCUUAGUUAUUGCCUAAUGCUUAACUUGACAUCUGCUUCUUGCCAAAGAGUAGCAUGUUUUGUGGAUUUUUUUGUGUGCUACGUCAACAUUGUUCAUCUUUGAAGGGUCACCUUGAGUUCAACAUAGGCUUUUGUGGCUUCCAGUAUCUCCCCCCCAAACCCCCCCCCCCCUCAUUUUUAAUGGCUUUUUUUUCUUACAAUUUUUAAAGGGACACUCGAAGCAUUAAAAACUUGUUGAAGCUUUUUUGCUGUAUGUCUUAUUGUUACAUCCUCUGCCAUUUAGAGGUUAGCUCAAAUUUGAAAUUUUUUUUGAAUUCGAUCUAAUGGCAAAAUAUGAACUAAAGAUAAUGUCCAGAUUGCACUUUAAUUAUACACAGGAGGCUGUUGUAGGCUAUUAACAGACCAGGAAAAAUGAUAAACUAGAUUAAACAAUGAAUAAGAGAAGCUAGAAAAUGUAUUCUUCCAGUAAGGUGUGUGGACACAGUCUAAAUCUUAUAAUGUAAAGAGUACAUUAAACAAUAUGUGGGAAAAUGUGUUAGCAAUAAAUGCUAUAAACCACCUGUAAGUUGAAAUGUACCUUAUACCACUCUAAACAAUAUAAAACAAACACAUACAAUAGGUGGAACACAUCUGAUGAUUCAAAUAGAGCUUGAAAGCUUCUUUUUUAGUCUACUUUUUAGGGAAAAUAUUUUUCUAAAACGCAAUUCUUUUGGAAGCGGGUUGUCACAAGGAGCAUCUCACACAUGUGUGUGUGCGAUGCUUCUUGUGACAACCCGUUUCCAAACUAAUUUCAUUUUUUAUUAGAAAAAUCUUUUCCCUAAAACGCUUUCAAGCAGUCUGAAUCUUGUCCAGGAGAGUGAAUAUGGCUGCAUAUGUCAAAUUUCAAAACUUAGAGACACUAUAUUCCUCAAAUUUUUUUAGCUCAAUGAAGCAGUUUUGCUGUAUCUAAAUACCUCUGAAGUCUCGCUGCUUAUCUGCCUUUUAGGAUAAGCACAUCCUUGCAUGUGACUUACUCAGCCUUCCUACACAAUUCCUGUGAAGAGUUGUCUAAUGUUUACACUACCGUUAUUGCAAAUUCAGUUUAAUUUAGAACUUAUCUCCAGCAGUUAAUGGCUUGCUAGACCUUUACAGGUGCCUAUUGUAUGUGAUUGAAGUUCAAUUUACAGAGCAGGAGAUGCACUUUUAAAGUAAGUUGACAUGUCAUUGAAAAUAAAAUUUUUGAGGUGUGACUUGGGUUGCAUAAACAGUGAUUUAAUAUGCAGUGAGACUGCAGGUGCAUGAUCUUCUACACGAACACUGCUUCCUUAAGAUAAAGUUGUUUUGGUGACUAGUGUCCCUUUAAUAAGACCACUUCUUAAAUUUCAUGGUCUCUAUUUUUAGUUUUAUUUUUUAACAGCUUAUUGAUUAGUGGCCACACCCCUAGGCUUUGUCCAAGAAAGCAAUACUCUCCAAUAAAGAAUCUACUAUAAACCAAUCACCUUUUAUUAAACUAUGCCACAUCCAAUUGUCAUUAAAGCCGCUUUUUACAAAGAAACCAUAACAAUUUUAACUCAUCGUGUUCCUUUGGGAUGUCCUGGCAUCAACCUCAAGUUCCAUGUCAUCUAGUUUCCUCCAAAUUGCCCUAGAUCAAGGUUAGGCUACCUUUUAGCACUCCAGAUGUUGUGGACUAAAUUUCCCCUAAUUUGCAAGCUUUAAGGCUAUAAUGGUGUUAUGGGAGCUGUAGUCCAAAACAUCUGGAUCAUGAUCAAUUCCCAUAGCCUAAAAAAUAACACAUAUGCUUCGUUCAGGACCAAGUAAGGUUAUCCACUAAUGUUUUGCUAAUACCACCCCUUCAUUACCUAAUGUGUGAUUACUUUAGCACAUGACUCGUCAUUUUUCUCAUAGCCCAUUAAGCUCAAGUUUUGGUGUUUUAAUAUCCAUUUAAAUCUUCUAAAGGGGGAAAAAAAACUAAAUUGUUUCAUGUGAUUGCUCCUCUGGUUUGUUUGCACAAACUUUUUGUCCAUGACCAUAUCUUCUAUUCACUUUUGUAUCUCACCCUCCCUUGUAUUUGCUUGGAUUUAACCCAUUCUGGGAAACUAUUUUUGUUUUCUUGUUCUUUCCCAGUCUGUCACCAAAUGGACAAAGAACUCCUGUGCAUGGAAUCGCCAGUAGAUCUUUUGUGCGAGCCUGUCCCAUCAUGUCUUCCCUCUCCACAGUUGUACCCUGACCCAGUAGGUCAGAAGGCUGAUGACCUCAUACAGUUUGAAGAGCAUUUUACUCUUCCAAGUAAGACCACAACUAGUUGCUUGUUUUCUUUAGUAAUCUUAAGCAGGAAUGCAUUUAAAAUAUACUUAAUUGUACAGAUUAUUUUUUAUUUUUUUAAAUUUAUCUCUGCUUUAGACAUUGGCACAGAAAACAAAUGCAUCUUAACGCUGGUGAUGCUAUAAAAUGCUAUGGUAAAAUAGUAUAAAUAAAGGAGAGAAUGGCGCUUGAAGAAAGUCUAAAUAUGGUGCUGCUAAAAUCCCAAAGUGUAAAGUCACUGUUACCACUUACAAACGUGGUAUAAUAGAAAUAAAGUGAUUUGCACACACUCUAGUUUACCUUGCAUAUCUACUUUCUUUGGUAUCCAGUGUAACAGGGUUUCUUUAUCCUAUAUUAAAUGAAUAGAGAAGAUGCACGGCGUGAUUUAUGGAAAUGGCGAAUUUAUGGAAAUAGUCCGUAAACUCUCACUUUUCGGAGCCCGUUAAAAGUAGGCUCAGGACUGGUGGUGCAUGUCAUCUCAUCAAGGAGAUAUUAGCUGAAAUUUGCAAAAGUUGCUCUUUUCAGGAACUCUGUACUGCUAGCAAAACAGCAACUCCAGAGUCCAAGAUGAACGUUUAAAAGGUGAGUAUUUAACAGUAUAUGUUUAGGAAAAAACCCACAAAUAUAGCCCAACGUGUUUCAACCUAUAGUGCAGGUAACUUUAAAAUGAACAAUUAACAAACCUAAACACACGUGUAUGACGAGCCUUUGAAAAACCUCCCACUUCCAAAUUUUGGUCUGGACCGGAUAUUGCACGCCAUCACCAAUAUGGCGGUGUUUCCGGUCUCUGACAUAUUACUUAUCCAAUUCCAAUAUGUUAGCGCAAGCUGUAUUUUCUGAUCUUCUCUCUUUUUUACUUGUAUGCGCUGAUAUGUCCUAUCCCAUGACGUACCUCCGGCAUUCGCGUAGAUUCUUUACAGCAGCAUGUCAUUUCAUGUGGUGUCCUUCUGGGAGUUGAUGUGUCACAUGAUUGGGCUGGUGUAGAUUUUUUUUUUUUUUUUUAAAUACCAGUACAUUUAAGUGGGGGUCUUUAUUGUGCAUAAUGAAAUAUUUGGAUACUGUAUGGUUUAAGUAUUUUUAAUAUUUCUGCAAUGUUCGCUCAGUCUUGUCUUAAGGCACCUUGUGGUCAUCCCCACAUAUUGGAGGCCGCAUGGGCACUCGAGCAGAUAAAUAACUUUGUUCCAAUACAAAAAAAAACAAAACAAAAAAAUCAUAACUAUUAUACACUUUUUUUUGGUCCUAUUGGACAUAAAUUGGGUAACUUUGGAUGGAACAAAAGGAUCUGUAGUUUUACACACUAUACAGUGUUUGCAUUUAUGAAAACCUUUUGUCUGAGGGAAAAAAUAUUCUUAAUAGGAGAUUAAAAAAAAUAUUUUGCAUAUUUACUUUUUAUUGUGGCACAGCCCUUUUCUAUCUUUGUUUUUAUUUGUUUUAAACCCACUGUUAAAGGACCACUCUAGGCACCCAGACCACUUCAGCUUAAUGAAGUGGUCUGGGUGCCAGGUCCAGCUAGGGUUAACCCAUUUUUUUAUAAACAUAGCAGUUUCAGAGAAACUGCUGUUUAUGAAUGGGUUAAGCCUUCCCCCUAAUCCUCUAGUGGCUGUCUCAUUGACAGCCACUAGAGGCGCUUGCGUGCUUCUCACUGUGAUUUUCAGUGAGAGCACGUCAGCGUCCAUAGGAAAGCAUUAUGAAUGCUUUCCUAUUUGACCGGCUGAAUGUGCGCGCAGCUCUUGCCGCGCGUGCGCAUUCAGCCGACGGGGCGGAUCGGAGGAGGAGAGCUCUCCGCCCAGCGCUGGAAAAAGGUAAGUUUAACCCCUUUUCCCCUUUCGGGAGGGGGACCCUGAGGGUGGGGGCACCCUCAGGUCACUAUAGUGCCAGGAAAAUGAGUUUUCCUGGCACUAUAGUGGUCCUUUAAUAAAUACUCACCUUUUAAACAUUAAUCUUGGACUCUGGAGUUGCUGUUUUUGCUCUCAAAGGGCGACUGCUGCAGGUUUCAUCUAAUAUCUCCUUGAGUUGACAUGCACCACCAGUCCUGAGCCUACUUUUAAUUGGCUCUGAAAAGUGAGUUUACUAUUUCCAUAAAUUCAGAAAUAUUAUAUACAGGUUACGCUAUGUGUAUUUUUUUUUUUUUUUUCCUAGUUUAAUAUAGGAUAAAGAAACCCUGUUGCACUGGUUGCCAAAGAAACUAUAUAUGUAAGGUAAACGAGUCUCCUGUGUGUGCAAAUCACCUUGUUUAUUUCAAUUAAAAGGAUAUACCUGUCCCUGUGAUCACUACAGCUACAAAUUUUCACUGACCUUUCCUCCAGAGGAGAGCAUAAAUUCAGCUGUGGCAGGUGUGCUAUGUUAUUUCUGCUGCCUGUUGAAAGCGUCAACUUAUAAGGACUGCACAACAGAUAUGUGAUAAACCAGAAUAUUGAGCAGCUACAUGCUUUUUAGAAUAGGUUUGGAGUUCUGGAUAUUUAAGCCCUCCUCAUCUACAUUUGCUCUUCCCACAUUCAAUACAGUCUGAUGGGAAAUAUAUUUAAUUUUUACUCCUGUGAGUGAAUGGGGUUGAGAGUGCUCAAGCUGUGAGGGUUAAACAAGACUGUCAAUAACUGUUUAAAAUUUUGCAAAUCCUGUGGAGUUGACUGCUGAUUUCUGCAAAGACUUUGUGCAUUUAUUGACAAACUGUUAAUCUACAGCUAUACUGUAUAUCAGGCUUCCUCCAGAUGUUGAACUACAACUCCCAUGAUUCUUUGAAUGUAAUAGGCUGAUAAUCAUGGGUUGUAGUUCAGCAACAUCUAGAGGGCCGGAGUUUGGGCAAGCCUGCUCUAAAUAAAUGCUUGUUGCACUAACUAGAGCUGUACAGAGAAGUUAGUACUUCCUAAAACCUAGGAUGUUAGGGUUUUGAACUCUUGGCAGGAGUCCUUUUGAGUUGGACAAUAAUGUCAAAGUCCCUUUACAGCCUAAUCUAAAUAUCCUACUUUUUUAUUUUCUAAAGCUACAGUUUGAUUCUGAUGGGACAUGAAUUGCUUGGUAGUAAGCGUGUCGGGGGGAAAAAAAAAAUAAUCUGUCAUUUCUUUGUGUUUAGGCUUGCUCUGUGAAACAAAUGAAAAUCUGAACUCUUUAGCAAAUGGGAUAUUAAACCUUGACCAUGAAGCAUCUACAGACUCAGAAGAAACUGCUGAGCCCAUUAUCUGCAAUUUUGCCCCAUGUGAAGCAAAGCCUGCUAAGGCAUUAUUGGAAAGUCCUAUCAGGAAACCGAACCGAAACAGAGUGAAACUGGCCGCAAACUUCUCGUUUGCGCCUGUAACAAAACUCUGAAUUUUAUGUAUGCAGCUCUGAACAAAGAGGGUACACAAGUGGUUACAUCAAAACUAAAAAUAGCAGAUGUUAAGCAGGCAAUUCCCCAUCAAGGAUGUUGCUAUUAAUGGUCAUAACUUUUUAAGAGGUUUCAAAAUAUUUUAUUUUUGCAUUAAGGUAUGAUUUAUUCAUUCCCCUCUUCCCCCUGCCCCACUUGUUUUGUGUUUAAACAUGUUCAACAAUGCACUAUGUAAAGAAACUCACUGGCUAACAUGCAUUGCAUUUUAUUUCUUAGCCUCAUCUGUGAUGUUAAUCCCAGCCUGUCGUGUUGGUGUAAUGAAAUCGUUUACAGACAUAAUUUCAGGCAGUAUUACUCUUUAUAGCAUGAUCUGUCUGCAAAAACAUGUCCGUUUUAACCCCAUAGCCCAUAAUGUGGCCCACAUUUUUAGGUUUUGUGACGACAAUCCUGUAUAUGAAAGUACCGCUUUUUGUUUAGUCUUUGGUACUGCGGGAAGUGUAAACUCUCAUGCCGGAACUGUAAUUUUUCUUUUAUAUAUGUAACACAAAGGGUUAAAUACAAUCAUGCAGUUGUGAAUUACCCAGUUUUGCUUGUGCUGCUGUCUUGCUAUUUCAGGUGACUUGUAAGAAUGGCAAAAAUAUUUUCCGUAUAGAAAUGUUGUGUGUGGGUUUGGUUGCCCAUUUAGUUUUAAAUAAAAUAUUGAGUACACUUAUUUUGCACUGAAUAAAAGUCUGACGACCUGACAGUGCUGGGUUUGGCUGGUCAAAAUAAAAAUAGCAGUUGGCAGUGUCUUGUGAGGAUAGAAAACCAGAACAGAAGUUUACUGACUAUAUAUUAAAUAAUAUGCAUUGCAAUGCAUAAAUGGAUGACAGAGCCAUAGUUAUUGUAGAUGUGGUACUCUUUGCUUCAGUAGAUGUUCAGUUUCCACAGAAAAGGAAGGUCUAUCUACAAGCAGAGUCACCAAGGUUUUUCUGCUUAACCUUGCUUUGGAUUUUUUUUUUUUUUUUUUAAUACUAGUUUGUAAACGAGGGGGAAGGUAAUGGUGUGGUGAGAUGGCAUAUUGUCUUUUUAACUUUCUGUAAAUGUGUUUUUAUUCAAAUAGUGUUCCUUAGGGUUUUGCAUGCCUUCUUGUCAAGUUUCAAUAUAUUCAGGAUAGCUUUUGAUUAAGAGUAAGCCUGACUUGACUAGGUUAAACCAGUGGGACUGCCUUAAUUUUGUCUGACUUGAUAUAGUGACAGAAGGCCACCUACUCCUUCUGGGAUGACCUGGCUUUUUACAAUGGGUUGUAUUAGCCAGGUAAGUGGUUUCUUGUAGAACGUACCUAGAAAACAGGUUCUACAUUUGUCUUUUUGUUGGGUUAUUUGCAAUAUGCUGGAAAGUUACAAGAUGGACUCUGGAUCCAUAGCCAUUUAAAUUAAACGAUUUUACAGAAUGGCUAAAGAAAUUUUACUUCUUGGAUUUUGCACAAGAAUUUUCCUUUUUCUUCUCUUAAGUGACCAUGUCUGGCUGAAAAUGUUGUAGCUGCUGUGUAGACACGUUAAAAUUACAAAAGGGGUUUUGUUUGUUAAUUCUACACACCUAGGCUCUAGUCAUCGGUCUAAAGCACUUCCUCAAACGUGGUCGUUCCCAAGUAAAAGUCCAGAAUAAUGUUUGUUUUUCUGUUUUAGAAUGCUUUUAACAAAGAUUAAGUAACCUUAUGUAUGGAUAGUUUUCUGGCAGGUGGACACACUGAUGUUAUCAUGUAAAAAGUGUGUAAUAUAGUAAUGUUUGUUUUCUUUGCUAUAGCCUGUAACUACAAGUCACCUGAAAUAUAUUUUGUAGCGUGUAUUUCAGCAAAGAAAGAUUACACAAACUCCAGCAUAGAGGUUAUACUAGCAGUGGAAGUCAGUAAAGAUUUUAUUUUUGUCCUCUCACAAUAUCACUUCUAACCAGUUCAUUGAUGAGAAAUGAAGUCUGCUUGUUUAGCAGUAUGUGUGCAAACAUUCAUACCAAACUGAUGAAAUCAUUGUUCUAUUUUUAAAAAGGAAACCAUGGAUUGAUGAAAGGAGGCUGAUCAAAUCUUUAUUUUCAACAAUAAAAUGUUAUUUAUUUAUGAUUUCGGUAGAUAUAAACUAGUGUUAAUAUACAUCACAUUUCAUGAAGGCGUUUGAAAUUGUUGGGGCUAAAAAUUCUGCACUUUCUUCCUUCCCCCUUUUCCUUCUCCCCAUUUGUUCAUUUAAGUCUCAAAUGCGUCUGUUUUGGGACCAAAUUACUGUAUCAAUAAACGUUAGUUGCAAGCAUGCAUGGUCUAUGUAAUUUGUUGAAAAUUGCUUUGUAUUGUGGAGGUUUUUUUUUUUCUUUUCUGAGUAAAAGUUCUGAUCGUAACAAUUUAUAUUAAAAUUGGUCUAGCAUACCAAGUACACUUAAAGCAACAAAUGUUGCCGUCUUUAAAGGAACACUAUAGGGUCACGAACACAAACCUAGAUUCUUGACCCUAUAGUGUUAAACACUAUCUGGCCCACUUUGCCCUAAAUAUAGUAAAAUCUUAACUUCAUUCCAGUCUGAUGCUGAUUCUGCCCCUGAUCUGCCUCAUUUGGCUGAUAUCUCAUCUGAUGUCAGCAAUCACAAUGCUUUUUACAUAGGAAAGUCUGAUUAUCUCUGCCAAGGAGGUGGGCUGGGGUUGUAGCCACAUGCCAUCCUGGCCAAUGCAUAGAGAUGCAUUACGUCAACGUGUCUCUGUGGAAUGUUCAGUGUCUUCAUGCCGAGGGUGGAGACACUGCAUGUCAGUGCUGCACACUGCAGCACUGCCACAGGAAGCACCUCCUUUGGCCAUCUGAGAAAUGGCCACUGGAGGUGUCCCUAGACUCUAUAAAAUAUUAGAAAUAUCUAUAGGAGCAGUCGACUGGACUGGAAUAACUACGAACUUGCAGAGAUUGGGAAUGAGAUCAGCCAUAUCAACUGAACAGAUAAUAAAGUUGGUAAUAAAGGAGAAAGUGGACAACUUCGGACAUUAAAACAUGAAUG